UUCUGCGAGUGUCAGUGUCAUCCACCAUGUCGCGCGGUACGCGUCCUCAAUUGUUCUUGGAGGACUUGGACUCGUUCCCCGCGCCUCCGACGUUCAUUCCUCCAUCCCCUUCCACGCCAUCUAAUCCACCGCCCUCGAAACCCCCCGCUCAGCCGCUUCCUCCGGUGCCAGGACCCAGUCGGAUAUCCGAUACCGACACCUUGCUUUUUCUUAAUUCUACAGGGCAAUCACGUUCACGUCGUUCCUCGAAACUGUCAUUUCGUGACGUCGGGGAGAACAAUCGAGACUCAUUUGCUUCAAACCGCAGUUCCCUACUCAGUGUCUCUCUCGACCCCAGCUCCCAGCGGUCGUCUCCAGUGACGCCCAAUUCUGCCACCCAAAGCCCCCAGCGCCACAGCCUUGUUUUCGCCAUUCGGGAAAAUCUGGAUUCGCAGGAGCAUCUGCUCGAUGCUCCCCUUUUGCGCGGGCUACAAAAAGCCCCUUUGGACGACGACAACGUGUUAGACGAUGUACCGCCCAUUAUGCCCGCCUCCGUGGCCUCCGUACUUUCUUCCUCCGCCGGCCGCAACGUCCCUAGGUUGAAAUCUCCGCGUGCCGCUGGUCGCCGCCGAGAAAGCAUCGCCUUAAGCUCGGUUGCCCUACCGGAAGAUGAUAAUGAUUCAGACGUCGACUUGGCCCUACCGGCUGUCUUGCCUCAUCCUAGGAAACCAUUGGAGUCUCCUAGUGUCGUUGACCCGCGCGCUCCUUCGCCGGACAUCACCUCUAUUAUCGCCGCGACGCCGCGACCGCGAUUGUCCAGCGUGUCCGGCAAACGGACGUCAGACGAAGACGAUUUCAUUGACGACUACGGGCAGCCUCGCAACAGCGUGUAUUCGACGCGUUCGCAAAACGGGGAGGACUUCGCGUUCGGGUUCCCGCAAGACCACGAAAUGCAGAGUGUCGCGGAGGAGAGCGAAAUAAGUGGACUUCCUUGGGACGAGGCAAACGAUUCAGAAGACUCGGAUUUGGAUUUGCACACGUCUCUCCCGCAACUUAUGCUCCAUCAUGGCUACCUCUCUCCGCGGUCUAAACUGCUCACGAGCUCGAAACCAUUCCCGGCGUCAUCCUCGAGCGCGUCCCUGCGCUCGAAUGCGUCCUCUGCAAGUCAGCUGCCACGCGACUCGCGUGAUACUCCGUAUCGCCGAGUGCGGCACCGAGAUGGCAAGACAUUGCGUGGCGGGAUCGGACUCACGACGGGUCUUGGAUGGAGCGACUCGGAGGAUGAGGACGCGCCCAGCGCAUUAACGAAACGCUUGUCCCAGCUGGAUCUCAAAAACGGCGGACUUAGUCGAUCCGCAUCACGAUCUAGUCUACGUUCGACAGCUUCCGGACGGCGAUCAUCGAGCUUCUCAACGUCAACUUAUGGCGUUCCAUUUUCGCGGUCAACGUCUUUUUCUUCCGCGGCUGGGUUCUCGCGCUCCGUGUCAGGCUUAAGGCGAACUCAAAGCGAGCAUGAUGACUCGGCGACGGAUACCGACGAAUUUGGAAUGAUUCAGGCCCGGCCGAGACGCAAAAGCGGACCCGGAGGCGCUCCACCGACAAGCUGGACUGGGCCCAGGCGGAGUGAUCCACCUGCAAUGCCGCGGUAUCGGAGUCGACCCAGCUCGGUUCUUACGGAUGAAAGCGCGGAGACGACCUACACAACCGACGCCGGGAGCAGUCCUCUCCUGCGCACGAAGAGUCGCGUGCUGCGGGUGAUGGCUGCUGACAAAGAGAAGCCACUGCCUCACACUCCGGCCCGGUUGUCCCAGUCAGUGUCCUCUGUGCCCUCCUCACCGCGCUCGCAGAUGCGCCCGCUCCGACUCCAGACACGCUCCAGCCUUGGUUCUGGGGGCGGAGCGGACCGUUCGCCCGUUCCGGUGCCCUCCGUGCGCGAAAGCACAUCGACCAUGUCGAUUCACUCGACUAGGACAAGCGCCUCAGGCUCGCUCCUGUCGCCCUCGUCGUCUGGUUCGGGUUUUGCCUACGCGCGAGCCCCCUCGCCGUACCGGUCUAUGCCGACGACGCCAGCGUCCGAGUCUACUCCAAACAGUGGACUGGCGCGGCCGAAGCCGAGAACCGGAACUGGCAUGUCCUACCGCAACUCGUCCUACGGUGCAUCUGGUAUUGGCCGCGGGCGAAAGGUUGUUGCGCUCUAGAUGUUCUGCAUGUAUCUUUUUCUGUUCGAUCCUUCGUGCUAUACCUCAUUACUACCUACCACAUACCACACUCAUUACCGGAACAUGGAUUGUACUCUAUACUUAAUUGUAGCGCCCAAUGUAUAUACUAUUUGUCUUUCCAAAUGGAAGCAGGGUCUGUUCGUCAAGUGAGUGUGUCAUUUUGAUUAGUAUGUGCAGCUAUCUAUGUAUAUGCGUCUCCGAAUGCAGAAUCCAAAAAGAGUGUGUAUGUAUAGUCCGUGGAAAGCGAUUGUGGCUCGCUUUCAGUGCAGCAGAGCGAUCGCCGCAAUGCCAGAGAUGAAGCUCACGGCAGCAGCACCGACCAAUUCACCUCCAAAGCCAACACGCGUGCCGCGGAUGGCAGCGCUGGAUCCCGAAGCAGCAGCG